CUGCAAUUGUAAGUUCUGUAACGGUUUUAGAGUUACAGACAGUUAAAUCUCCCUCCAUCCCUCUCUCUCUCAAGUUUGUGUUUGAAAUUGGAAACUUCAUUGCACUUUCACACAUUUUGUUGGUUACCGUAACCCAACCCCCAGCACAUUUAUUUACGAUAUCAUCAUCAUAAUAAUAACAUUUAACACAACACAACAACAACCUCAUUGUAAUUUCUGAAACUCAUUCUUCUUCUUCUUCUUCUUCUUCUUCAUUGUGGAUCUCGAAUAAGAUGGGGAUUGCAGAAGAGAGAGUUGUGGCGGUUAUCAUGGUUGGAGGACCCACCAAAGGCACUCGAUUCCGUCCAUUAUCAUUCAACAUUCCUAAACCACUCUUUCCAUUAGCUGGACAACCAAUGGUUCAUCAUCCAAUCUCUGCUUGUCAAAAAAUUCCUAAUUUGGCUCGGAUUUAUCUCAUUGGCUUCUACGAAGAACGCGAAUUUGCAUUAUACGUCUCUUCCAUCUCCAACGACCUUAAACUUCCUGUUAGAUACUUGAAGGAGGACAAGCCUCAUGGUUCUGCCGGUGGUCUUUAUAACUUCAAAGAUGUCAUCAUGGAGGAGGAUCCGUCACAUAUUUUCUUGCUCAAUUGUGAUGUUUGCUGCAGUUUUCCUCUGCCACAAAUGCUGGAUGCUCACAAAAAACAUGGCGGCAUGGGAACAAUACUUGUUGUCAAGGUUUCUCCGGAGUCAGCCAGCGAAUUUGGGGAAUUGGUGGCUGAUCCUGUCACCAAUGAACUCUUGCACUACACAGAGAAACCUGAAACUUUUGUUAGUGACCUUAUAAACAGUGGUGUGUAUAUAUUUACACCAGAUAUCUUUACUGCCAUUGAGGGUGUUUCUUCUCAGCGGAAAGACAGAGCAAACUUAAGACGUGUCUCCAGCUUUGAAGCAAUGCAGCAGGACACAAGGAGUCUACCGGCGAAUUAUGUCAGAUUGGAUCAAGAUAUCCUCUCACCUCUCGCAGGGAAGAAACAGUUGUAUAUAUAUGAAACCAUGGAUUUUUGGGAACAAAUCAAAACUCCUGGAAUGUCCAUAAAAUGUUCGGCCUUGUAUCUUUCGCAAUUUCGCCACACAUCCCCUCACCUAUUAGCAAAUGGAGAUGGUAUUAAGAAAGCCUGCAUCAUUGGUGAUGUUUAUAUUCACCCAUCAGCAAAGGUGCAUCCGUCUGCAAAGAUUGGUCCUGGUGUAUCAAUAUCUGCAAAUGCUCGUAUAGGAGCUGGUGCAAGGCUCAUAAAUUGUAUAGUCCUUGAUGAUGUUGAAAUCAAGGAGAAUGCUGUUGUUCUUCAUGCAAUUGUUGGAUGGAAAUCCUCCAUUGGUCGAUGGGCACGUGUCCAGGGUCGUGGAGAUUACAACGCAAAGUUUGGGGUCACUAUACUUGGUGAAUCUGUUGCCGUUGAGGAUGAGGUAGUGGUUAUUAGUAGCAUUGUCCUUCCACACAAGACCUUAAAUGUCGGCGUUCAGGAUGAGAUUCUUUUAUAGAACCCGUCCUCUGCUCUUGGCUUUUUAUUUUUAAUGUAUUUGCCUUGUGUUUAAUAACUAGUUUAGAAGCCAAAAAAACGUGUAUAUUGUUCAUGUUGUCAAAUUGUUUGGACCAAAAUAUUUAAUGUUGCAUAAACACAUUUGUGCUGCUAUUUUAAUACUUAAAAGAAAUAAAGUAUUUCGAAUAUCAUGUUUCAAGUC